GUACAUUCUAGCUAAAACCAACGGGCCACAGCAGCCACUACAACCUCAGCUCACCUGAUCCCCCUCAGAAUCCUCGCUGACUCGAUGCAAGCUGCGGCAAUAGCAGCCAUGGCAGCCCACGCAAUUCUCACGACAAUCCCAUCACACCACACUCUCCUUUCUCCACCCCCAACUAACCCUUCUAACCCACCAGUUCUUCACUCCUCAUUUCGUGGUGUCUCUCUCAAGCUCCCUCGUCAAUCCCUCUCCAUUGCUGCCACUGUCCCCAAGAAGCCAUUUUCUCUUUUCGCUGCCAAGAAAGCAGUGGCUGUGCUUAAAGGUGAUUCCAAAGUUGAAGGCGUUGUCACUUUGACUCAAGAAGAUGAUGGUCCUACAACUGUGAAUGUUCGUGUUACCGGUCUUACUCCAGGGCCUCAUGGGUUCCACCUGCAUGAGUAUGGUGACACAACAAAUGGAUGCAUGUCAACAGGAGCACAUUUCAAUCCUAACAAAAUGACACAUGGUGCUCCUGAGGACGAAGUACGCCAUGCGGGUGACCUGGGAAACAUAUUGGCUAAUGCUGAUGGAAUGGCAGAGGCAACAAUUGUAGACAAGCAGAUACCACUAAGCGGCCCCAAUGCAGUCAUUGGAAGAGCAUUUGUGGUUCAUGAGCUUGAGGAUGAUCUUGGAAAGGGUGGACAUGAACUUAGUCUCACCACUGGCAAUGCAGGAGGAAGAUUGGCAUGUGGUGUUGUUGGCUUGACUCCGAUAUAAAUCUUUUGAUUUCAGCAGUUUGGUCUUGUGCUAUUAUUUGCUGCUUACUUUUGCCAACUUCUCUUAUAAGAUCCAACAUGUUACUUUUCAAGGAUGUAAUAUGAGAUUGUGCAGACAGCAAGUUUUUAGACCUUGAUCUUUGUCUGUCAUUAUUCGCUAUGAAAUAAAAACCUUCCAUGGUUUGUGAGUGUGUAGAACUUGGUUUUCUGAGCUUAUGAAAAAACUUCAUGGUGGUGGUUAUA